AACAAGAACAAGAUAAUAAUGAGGAAUAUCGGCUGCAAGAACAAAAGGAAUUACUGGUUUAUUCAAGAAGACAAAAGGAUAAGACCAUUUCUAAUCCAUCACUUUGCCAAAUGGCUUCCUUCGGAUCAGUUAAUCAUCCUCUUGAAUUUGAGUAUGAUAUUCCCAUUGCUCUUCGUAAAGGUGUCAAACUUGUACUCAACACCUAG